UCACACCACUCUUUAGUCGCUAUUUACAGUUCAACGGUGAACGGCAUUCGAUCUAAUCAGAUUCCACAGUUACUGGAACUUCCACUUGACCCGAGCAAACAAAGGAGACAAAUAUGCAUUUUAUUGGGGGCGUUCCGAGGCCUCUGGGGCUGGGACUGCUGCUCCUGGGACUGAUUGCGCCCAUCUCGGGGCUUGGAUUUCGACGCGGAAAACUGGACAGGGGGUUCCUGGGGGAGCCCAGUAAGAUACCAACACUGCAGAGAUCCCUGGAGUCCGAGGAUCUCUGGUUCGAGCAGAAAUUGGAUCACUUCAAGGCGAGCGAUGGGCGCACCUGGCAACAGCGGUACUUUGUGAACGCCGACUACUACCGGAAUGACAGCUCCGCACCCAUCUUCCUGAUGAUUGGUGGCGAGGGAGAGGCAUCCGCCAAGUGGAUGCGGGAAGGAGCCUGGGUCCAUUAUGCCGAACACUUUGGAGCCCUCUGCCUGCAGCUGGAGCACCGGUUUUAUGGAAAGAGCCAUCCCACAGCGGAUCUGUCCACCGAAAAUCUACACUAUCUGAGCUCCGAGCAGGCACUGGAGGAUUUGGCCAGCUUUGUGACCGCCAUGAAGGUGAAGUUCAAUCUGGCCGAUGGCCAGAAAUGGAUCGCCUUCGGUGGCUCCUAUCCGGGAUCACUGGCUGCCUGGGCCAGGGAGAAGUAUCCCCAGCUUAUCUACGGAUCCAUCAGUUCCAGUGGACCCCUAUUGGCCGAGGUUGACUUUCGGGAGUACUUCGAAGUGGUCAAAGCAUCGCUGGCCGCCUACAAACCGGAAUGCGUGGAGGCGGUGACCCGCAGCUUUGCCCAGGUGGAGAUCCUUCUCAAGCACAUGAUCGGGCAACGCAGUCUGGAUGAGAAGUUUAAGACCUGCACUCCCAUCAAGGAUUCCAUUGAAAACGACUUGGACAUGGCCAAUUUCUUUGAAAACCUGGCUGGAAACUUUGCCGGCGUGGUUCAAUACAAUAAGGACAAUAGUCCUCAUGCCACUAUAACCAUUGACGACGUCUGUGAUGUGAUGCUUAACACCACGGUUGGACCACCUGUGACCCGUUUAGGCUUAGUGAAUGACAUGCUAUUAAAGGAAUCAAACACCACCUGCCUGGACUACAAAUACGAGAAGAUGAUAGCAGAUAUGAAGAACGUGUCCUGGGAUUCGGAGACGGCCAAGGGAAUGAGGCAGUGGACUUACCAAACCUGCCAUGAGUUCGGCUUCUAUCAGACCUCCGACAACCAGGCAGACACCUUUGGUGGUCGCUUUGGCGUGGAUUUCUUUAUUCACCAGUGCAUGGAUGUGUUCUCCAAAAACAUGGACGCAAAGUUCUUGGAUCUGGUGGUGUCCGCCACCAAUGAGAAUUAUGGUGCGCUCAAGCCAAAGACUACAAAUGUGCUGUAUGUGCACGGUUCUAUUGAUCCCUGGCAUGCUCUUGGAUUGGUGAAGACUUCGAAUCGUUCACUUCCCACAAUUUACAUAGAAGGAACUGCUCAUUGCGCCAAUAUGUACGAGCCGGUGAAAACCGAUCCACCUCAACUGGUUGCCGCUCGUAAUAAGAUCCUCAAAUUCUUGGCCAAACUGCUGGAAGGCUACACCUCAACCCCAAUCUGAAAAGUCAGCUGAAAUUUUGGAUUCGUCAGCGAUUUGUUUUAUUUGUUUGCUUUCGCAUGAAUAUAUAUUUAAUAUAAUUUUUUACUCCGCUGGGAGUUAAUCCUU